AUGAGUACUCCAAGUAAUUCUGCUGGUUCUCCAAUGCAAGAAGACAAUGGAAGUGUUCAAAAACAAAAAAACGCGAAUCCAACCGAAAACCGUCCAUUUGUGCUCAAAAAGUGGAAUGCGUUGGCGAUUUGGGCGUGGGAUGUCGAGUGUGAUACAUGUGCAAUUUGCAGAGUUCAUUUAAUGGAAUUCUUCCACCGCCAAGGAGUGUUCAAACGUGUCCGUUCCGUGAUAAUCCGUCCGAGUGAGACUCCGCCCACUUCCGUUUCACGUGGUAUUCUGACAAGGAGUCUCAGUGCCCGUGGAGAUGCUGAUAAGCGGAGAAGGACGGUCUUGAGGAGACAAAAUGCGAUGGAUGUGGAUGAUGAUCAGGAGUGA